AAAAAAUACGGAUAACCAAGGAAAAUUAGAGUGACGGUCACCAAUCUUCACAAGGCUACAAUGUAUGUACUACUAUCAUAGCCAGAACGGUACAAGCAUACUCCUGUGGAGCAUUGUUGCAGUCCAAAAUCCCAUCAACUGUAUUGCUUUAGUUGACCGGCACUACAAAUGCCGUCAUACUACAGUACUAGCUAUCUACUAGUGGUACCAAGUCAACUCAGCGAAACAAAUCACCCGUUGGCUCCCGCGUGGUUUGUUUUCAUUGCGGGGUUCGACAACUAACUGUGGAACUAGGAUCGAGGAAUUCCGACUCGACUACUCUCCUCGCCACAGCCGAAACAAAGAUUUUCUUUUCCUCGACGACUGCAUAAAAACAUCAGUCCCUACGAUAUAUUAUCCCAACGAUAGCACAAUGGCGGCUUCUGUUCCCUCCAAGUCUAACCCAGCCAACCCGGCCUCCUUCCUACCAGAUAUCUGCAUGUUCCAGGUGAUGGAAUUUGUUGGGCCACAAGAGGAAAUUACUGUUGGUGGAACAAGAAUCGAAACAACAAGUCCUAUGGCGCUGGCAAAAUUUUGUAACAGCAUGGCUUUGGUCAGUCCUGACUGGAAGAAACUAAUGGAUCGACUAGUGGCCCACUUUUGCUUUCGUGUUCUCGUGGACUUUGAUGAUCUUGUGGAAAGGGAAAUCCCUGCUGUCAUGUGGCUUUGCAAUCACAAAGUGAAACUUUGGGGCAUUCAGUGCACAAAAAACAACAUUGACGAAUUCAAGUUCAACCUUAUCAAACAAACGCUCUUGGAAUGCAAUACUACCCAGUUAACGUAUGCGUCGACACCAAGUCUGCAGUGUGACUUCGAAAGCAAUCUUGCGGAGCAGUGUCCCAAUCUCGAAACUCUAUCCAUACGUAUCUCUUUGGAAGAUCUAAAGGUUAUGAAUGACCAUUGCAAGGGUUUGGAAGAGCAUUCUGGAUUCAAUCCAGUGCUGCUCCGCCACGAAUCAGUCAAACACGUUAAGAUGUCCUUUGACAUCCAACCAAAGAGAGAAGCCACCAGUCUUCCUCCAUUCGACAUCCACAAACAUAUCUUGUCCAAGCUGAUUCAAGGUUGGGUCGGCCUCACUAGUCUCUGUUUGGAAAGUACCCCUUGCCAUGACAAAGUGGGAGAAGAACUAUUCGGAGAAAUGCUCGCAGGAGUUUGGAAUGGGCAUGGACCGGAGAUUUCCAUCAAUUCUGAGUCCCUUGAAAAGUUUGUUGUCAACAAAUUCCAACUCUGGGAUCAUACUCGCUUUAUUCUGGUCUGUCCCGCAUUGCAAGCUUGUUCGUAUAAGGCCGAAAGCAACCCAGGUGCAUUGUACCAUUUUCUCGGCAUCUCCAGGACUAGAAGUCAAACUGUGCAGAACCUGUCGGAAGGAUGUGAUGUUUCGAUUGAAGCCAGUGGCGAUGCGCCACUCAUUCAAGGUCGCUAA